GUCGGAAAGAAAUCUAAUUCGAAAGUUGUUGCACAAUUUCAUCUUAAAAAUGAAAAUUGAAAUGCUUAUUUAUGAAUGCUUAUUUUUGAAGGUUAUACUCAAGCCUCAACGCGUUUUUUGAACUUUGAUUUCUUUCUGCGAUGUAGCCUACUAAAACAUUAUGGCGAGUCUCUCUGAUGUAUUCACUGAGUCGGAAAGGACGAACUGGCUGAAGGCAUGGUUGGCAAUUGAUAUCGCAAAGUCUGGCCUUGAGCGGUUUGUGGACAACGCAGCUACAAUUCUGCACGGCAAUAUAUACAACGCUGUCUUGUCAAGUGGGUCAGUUGCGUGUAAUGGCUGUCACAUUGCUAACUUGCUGAAAUGUCCCUCGCCAAGAAUAUGCAACAAACGAGGACCACAGGGUCUAUGCAUAUCUAUGCAUGAUACCGCGUUUAAACAACCACGACAAUGUCCUGCUAACGUUUGUGAUAAAGUAUUUGUCGAAAUUGCAAAACAACAUAGAUAUUCCGACCCUUCAUGGAAAAAUACAUUAGCUAAUGACUGGGCGUCAAGUCCUUGGCAAAUUGCAAAGGCUUAUUUCCCUCCAGACGGUUAUGCUGGAAACAGGUCGGCUCAAGAUACAGACUUAAACGGAAUAAUCAGUUUUAUGAUGAACUGUAAACACUUCAAUAAUACGUUUUCGUUCCCCAUAGCGCCAGGAAAAUCACAUCCACCCUGCCUUUUAACAAAGACGCGAGAAAUAGGCAGAAUUGUACGCCAUUCGUCUACGUGUAAGAUCUCAGACACCGAUCUCCAGGACAUGUUCAUAACAUUGACUGGCCUGUUGACUGACCCAAUAUGUCUAGUAAACGACUCGGCUGCACAAGAGGCUGUGACUAAAUUAGUACAGCUUCAAACCGACGUUCUGAAGCUUACAACAGAGGAAAUUGUUGAAUUGUUAGAGGCUGCACAAAACGUACUGAAAAAGGUUGAAACUAUAACUGAGACGGCUGUUGAUGAGAUCAAGAUUUACAUGGAAAACUGUAGAAAGGACAUGGCCACAUUUAAACAGGAACUAAGUAAACACACAGGCAAAUGUAUACAGGAAUUUGACGAAAAUCGUCGGAAGUUUACAGAAUCUAACUACGACCAGUCUUGCAAAGAUUUUCAGCGACGUUUGAUGACACACUACAGUGACACUUCUAGCAAUGUGCCUCUUUCAAAUUUGGAUCAGAGUCUUGAUAAGCGAAUAACAGAUAUAUAUUCAACGCCAAACAUACACCGAAUAGAAAUAAAAAAAGAUGGGAAACGCGUUAAAAGGGAGCAAGCGCUGGAAUACAAACACAUAUUUUACACAGGUGUUAAAUCAAAUCGGCGUAUAUACGUACAAGGCGAACCCGGCAGCGGAAAAUCUACGUUUUCAGCUAAGUUGGUUCAUGACUGGUCCCAUGGAAUUCAGCUUUCAUCUGCAACCUCAAGUGAAACUACAGCAUUUAAUGAUGUGUCUACUCUUCAAAAGUUUAAGUUCCUAUUUUUCAUCACAUUGAGAGAUUCGAGAGGUCAGACAGAUGUAACGGAGAUGAUAAAGAAGCAGCUUAUUGAUACAACGUUUUCAGUAGACGAACGCGCCAAUGUGUACAAAUGUUUCGUACAAAUAAUUAACACUGAAACUUGCCUCGUUAUACGGGAGGGUCUAGAUGAAUGGUUGUCCCCUGAUGGCAGUAACCUAGCUGAACCUUACAUGGCUGGAUUUCGGAACGAAACGUGCACGAUACUUACAACAUCUCGACCAUGGAAACUGACUGAUGAACGUAUCAAGAAUUCGCAAAUCGACAGUCUGUUAGAAAUCGAGGGGAUUGUUGAUCCAUAUGAAUUUAGUAAAAAUAUACUUCAAUGCAUAAUUGACCAAGAAGAUAUGGAUAUAAAAGUAACUGCGGAUGAAUUUGAGUCAUUCGUUUUUGAUCGUAAGCUCGAAUCAUUAUCUGCCUCACCAAUGUUGUACACUCUUGUCAUAUGUACCUGGGUAAACACGAUCAAGAAGAAGGAACAUUUGAACAAUUCGUCAUUGUGUGGACUGUACACUACUCUACUUGAAAGUCUUUGUAAAAAGGCCAACAGUACGACUGGUUAUUUUAACGAUUCAAACCCGCCACCAGUGCACUGUUUUUCUAGCACAAGUUACCUUCAGCCAAACAUUGAACACUUAGAUAAGCUCGCAAAAGUAGCUUGUAAAUUGCUCUUCUCUUCUGAGAGAGAAUCAUCUAUUGUUUUCACUGACAUAACAUUAUCCAACUAUUUUUCUCCCAGCGAGUUCACAGUUAGCAAGACGUUUGCUCUCACGGCAGGGAUAUUAACAAGCAGGAAAGACAAAAGUCGGACAGGAAGCUCCAACUCAUUUGUCCAUAAAACUGUGCAGGAACUUCUCGCAGCAUAUCAUAUCGCUUGCAAUGUAUACACCAUUGAUGACGUCAUAUCCAGUUACCUUAAACUCAACAAUACAUCAUAUCUCGAAUUAUCGCAAGUUUGCAGAUUUUUGUGUGGAAUGAACAUCUCUGCUGCGAAUAAAUUGUCUGCUUUGAUGGAUCAAUAUCACGUUAUCCACUGCAAUGAAUGUGAUUCUGUCUUCUCUUUCGACUGGAAUUUCAAUGGUCCAUGUACGUUUCAGCGUAUCAUUGAGUCUGGAAUCAGAGAGGCAGUAGCCAACAAGCAGGAAGGCAUACAGCUGAAACUCAGUCACUUUUUUAUUGAUAAAAGCAACAUACGAGAAUUACAGGACAUAUGGCCUACAAACACAUGCAAUGUCCAUGUCGUAUAUGUAAAUAUGGUCAUGAGUGACAGCCUGAGUUCACCUGCAUGUGGCGAGUCUACAUCUCAUUUUGAGCUGUCAUCGUGCCACUCUUUAAGGCGGUUGUUUCUAUAUGGCAGCGGCAUAUUGCUGAGAGACACAGCCAGCUCGGUCGCGACGGGAUUUCCGGUUUCGAUUACACUUAACAACGCAUAUCCAGCCAAAGGUUUAGACACUCCCCUAGAACUGCCGUUAAUAGAACAUAUUUGGCUGGAUCAUGUCAAAUGUUACUCAACCUGUCUACGCAAUUUGUUCAGUACGCUGUUGACACUCAAUCAUUGGGUGACGUGUUGUCUGCUAUAUUGUGACAUAACAUCGUGUGUAGAGGGAUCAGAUGUAUGUACAUACGCAUUAAAAACGACGAUUUCAUUCGACGAAUUAAAUGAAUUUUACAUGGAGUAUUUAGUGAAUGACAGUCCCGGUCUAUGGGAUGCUCUUCAUGGUCUGAAUAUCAAGAGUCUUAGUCUGGGUUAUGAGGAACAAUAUGAUACAUUAGAUUUGAAUCAUACCGAACUGUUCUCGCAGUUUUUAUCAUCACUUACAAAUCUGGAAAAGCUUAGUAUUGCGAUGGGUUGUGACUUUGCAAUUGUGUGCAAGGCUCUCCAUGGCAUGAAUAUCAAUGAUCUGAAUCUGCGUUUGAGUUAUAAGUGUGAUUUGACAGCGAACUAUUCAGAGUUAUUGUCACAGUUUUUAUCAUCUCUUAUACAGCUGGAAAGGCUUAGUAUACAUGUACAAGUCCGACCCGGUGUUUGGGAGGCUUUCCGUGGUUUGAAUAUCAAGAGCCUCAGUCUGAGUCUGGGAUAUAGGCAGGGAGAUUGGACAGUGAAUCAUGCAGAGUCGUUGUUGGAGUCUCUAUCAUCGCUCACACAGCUGAAAACACUUAGUAUUAGUGUGCAUGGAGACAUACCCGAUCUGUCGACGGUUCUCCGUGGUCUGUAUAUUAAGAGUUUGCAUCUGGACUUGCAGGAAGAUACGACGUGGGAAGGUUUCACAGUGGAUCGUGGAGAGUCUUCGUCGAAAACGCUUGACUUUACUGUGGAUGGAGACAAUCCCGAUCUGUUGGGGGCUGUAUGUGGUCUUAAUAUCAAGAGUUUGUGUCUAAGGCUAAGGCACCGGGAAAGUGGUUUGAAAGUUGAUCAUGUGGAGUCAUCGUUGCAGUAUCUAAUAUCACUCAAACAUCUGGAAACGCUGAGUAUUUGUGUGGAUACUGACAUUCCAAGUCUUUGGAAUGCUCUCCGUGGUCUGAAUGCCAAGAGUUUGAGUCUGACUGUAGACUGCAGAGAAAUAAAUCAUAUUGAGCUAUUAUGGCAGUCCCUAUCAUCGCUUACGCAGCUGGAAACACUUAGUUUUAUUACGUGUUGGAAAGAAAGUUUUAGUACGUGUUGGAAAGAAAACACGCCUGGUCUGUGGAAGGCUCUCCGUGGUCUGAAUAUCAAGAGUCUGAGUGUGGAUGGUAGGUAUGCUGAUUGGAUAGUGGAUCAUGGUGAGUCGUUGUCGGAGUCUCUAUCAUCGCUCACACAGCUUGAAACACUUAGUAUAAGUGUGCGUGGUGGUAAUCGCUAUCUGUUUGAGGCUCUGUGUGGACUUAAUAUCAAGACUUUGAGUCUGCGUAUUUCGUAUUGCGUGGAUCAUGUAGAGUCGUCGCCGCAGUAUCGAUUAUCACUCAAGCAGCUGGACACGCUGGAUAUUAAUGUUGAUUAUAACAGUUCAAUUGUUUGGAAUGCUCUCCGUGGUCUGAAUGUAAAGAGUUUGAAGCUGAGUAGUAUGUGGAGUGAAGGUUUGAGAGUGAAGCAUGAUGAGUCGUUUUCGCAGUUUUUAUCAUCGCUCACACAUCUGAAAACACUCAGAAUUGCUUGGGAUAGAUCAGUUCGGUGGGAAAAUCUCUGUGGACUGAAUAUCAAUAAUUUGAUUUUGGAAGUUUCUAAGGAUUUAGGAGAGGAUCAUGUAGAGUUUUUGUCGCAAUUUUUAUCAUCGCUCACACAGCUGGAAACGCUUAGUAUUAGUGUAUAUGAAGACAGUCCCGGUCUGUGGGAGGCUCUCCGUGAUCUGAAUAUAAAGAGUCUGAGUCUGAGUGGUAUGUUCAGUCAAGGUUUGAGAGUGAAGCAUGUUGAGUCGUUGUCGCAGUCUUUAUCAUCGCUCACACAGCUGGAAACGCUGAGUAUUAGUGUAUAUGAAGACAGUCCCGGUCUGUGGGAGGCUCUCCGUGAUCUGAAUAUAACGAGUUUGAGUCUGAGUGGUGGAUGGAGUGGAGGUUUAAGGGUGAAUCAUGUUGAGUCGUUGUCGCAGUCUCUAUCAUCGCUCAGACAGCUGGAAACACUUAGUAUAUGUGUUUCAGAACAGAGACCCGGUCUGUGGGGGGCUUUUUGUGGUCUGAAUAUCAAAAUACUGAGUCUGAGUGGAAUUUAUAAAGUGAAAAAUGUUGAGUUGUUGUCGAAUUCCCUAUCAUCGCUCACACAGCUUAAGACACUAAGUAUUAUAGUGGAAAAAGACAGUCCCGGUCUAUGGGAGGCGCUCAGUGGUCUUAAUAUCAAGAGUCUUAGUGUCAGUGAUAAGUUGAAUGGUUUACGAGUAAAUAAUUAAUCACAGCCUCUGCCAUCUCUCACACAGCACGCUUCGUAUAAGUGUGUUGGUAGACAGUCACGAUCUGCAGGAGUCUCUCCAUGGUCUGAAUAUCAAGAGUCUGAGUCUGGGUAGUAACAGUGGAACAGUUUGAGAGUGAAUCGUGAUGAGUCGUUGUUGCAGUCUCUAUGAUCGCUCAUACAGCUGUAAGCGCUUACAAUAUAUAUGUAUACAUAUGUCGACUAACAGCCAUCUAAAUCAUUGAAUAAACAUCUACUGUUAUAAAUUACAUUAAUUGGAAUUAUGCGACCGAUUUAACACGAUGUCUUAAUGAACUCAGAAAGUUGAGAGUAGGCUGGAUUUGUUUACCUCGUUUGACUUAAAAAAAGUAUACCACAGGAAUACACUGAUAUCCAACAUACACUAGAAAAACUGAAGAACGCUAUUGUGAAACGAUCCCGAAUAUACAACAAGACACCUGGAUCAGAUAAGUGAACAUAUAUGUGUAGUAUUGGUGUUGUUGAUCUGAUAAGUGGCCGUAUAUGAGUGAUAUUGGUGUUGUUAGUGACGAUUACAGCGUUGAUAGAAAGGAGUAUAACGAGUUCUUUCGGAACAUUUUUCAGGACGCUAUCGUAUAUGUGUGAUAUUAGUUUUGUUGAUCCGAUAAGUGGUCGUACAUGUGUGAUAUUGGUGUUGUUGAUCCGAUAAGUGGUCGUAUAUGUGUGAUAUUGGUGUUGUUAGUGAAGAUGACAGCGUUGAUAGAAAGGAGUAUAACGAUUUCCUUCGUAACAUUUAUCAGGACGCCGUCGUAUGUGCGUGAUAUUGGUGGUGUUGAUCCGAUAAGUGGUCGUAUAUGUGUGAUAUUGGUGUUGCUGCUCCGACAAGUGGUCGUAUAUGUGUGAUAUUGGUGUUGUUAGUGACGACGACAUCGUUGAUUAAAAGGAGUAUAACGAUUUCCUUUGCAACAUUUUUCAGGACGCCAUCGUAUAUGUGGGAUAUUGGUGUAGUUGGUCCGAUAAGUGGUCGUAUAUGUGUGAUAUUGGUGUUGUUAGUGACGAUGACAGCGUUGAUAGUUAGGAGUAUAACUAUUUCCUUAGUAACAUUUAUCAGGACGCCAUCAAUCGAAUUUCAAUGCGACUUCAGAUUACCCCAGCCUCGACUUCAUGAAUGCAUGCGGCUUUCAUGAUGAUGAUGAUAUAAUCGCAUGUAUUACUAAUGUGGGAAACAAUCAUUUUGUUGAUAUUGUGUAAAUACACAAAAUACAGGGACAUCUCAAAUAUACGUCGCCGGAUGAAGUUGUUUAUGUCAAAGAUUGCAUUACGAAGUAUUUGUAUCAAAUCACAGUGUUUAAAUUCAACGUGUAAAAUAUCAUAUAAUAUUAUUGUUUUAAUUCUAACAUGAUAUAUGACUAGUUUACUGGUUUUCUUACACGCUUGAAAAUGAGACCUAUUUGUGUCAUAUAUGCUACCCAUUUUUAAGAUAUACAUUAAGAACAACGUUUUAGUAUUGUAAUACUAACACAAUCACCUUAGUUCAUUCUUAAAUAGUAACUUUUAAUGACUUUGAUAUGACUUAACGUUUACUGCUUCAGCACAACUAAAAUAUUGCAAGAAAAAGUAACUAAAAACAUUGUUUAUAUAGUUUACGUAUUGUUUAAUGUUAGUGUAUUUUAUUUUUAAAUUUAUUCGUUUAUUUCAAUACAUUGUGCACAUAAAAUAGAAUCACACAUUUUGUCUAGUAUGUUUUUAUGUUUGUGCAUCAGAUCUGACUGUAUGAGACAUGCUAUAUGUUUCAAAUCUGCUGACAAACAGGAGUUUCACUGAUGAAAAAUUUGUUAUGUUCUUCCUCCUACUCAUGAUUGGUAUGCUAAUUUCGAUAAAUCAAUAUAAUAAAAUUAGUGCAGA